UGAGACCCCCCGCACCUUGUUCGUUGCACCCGAAAAAGGUCAGUAACUCUCUUUUUGGCAUUGGGUUCUGUUUUAGCUGUUUGCGGUUGAUAUGCCAAAUUUGGAGACACUAAUUUUAUGGGAGAGUGAGAAUUUGAAAGAGGUCCAUCCUUCUCUUGGACAUUGCAGAAUGCUUACGGAAUUGAAUUUGAGUGGUUGUUGCAAACUUAAGAAGCUUCCAGAAUUGAGAUUGAGCAAUUUGAAGCGUUUGGAUCUAAGCUAGUGCAGUGGGUUAACAUAAACCCCUAAUAUUGGUGAUAUGGCAAAUUUGAAGACACUAAAUUUCUGGGCGUGUGAGAAUUUGGAAGAGGUCCAUCUCUCUCUUGGACAUUGCAGAAUGCUUAGUACUUUGAAUUUGGGUGUUUGUUACAAACUUUAGAAGCUUCCAGAAUUGAGAUUGAGCAAUUUGAAGCAGUUGUAUCUAGGCGAGUGCGGUGGGUUAACAAGAACUCCUAAUUUUGGUGAUUUGCCAAACUUUGAGACACUAGAUUUAGAUAGGUGUAUGAAUUUGGAAGAGGUCCAUCCCUCUCUUGGACAUUGCAGACUAGUUAGACAAUUGGAUUUGUCUGAUUGUCACAAACUUAAGAAGCUUCCAGAAUUGAGAUUGGGCAAUUUGAAUCAUUUGUCUCUAAGGGGGUGCCUUCGGUUAACAGAAACCCUUAAUUUUGGUGAUAUGCUAAACUUGGAGACACUAAUGUUAAAUAAAUGUGAGAAUUUAGAAGAGGUCCAUCCAUCUCUUGGACAUUGCAGAAUGCUUACUACUUUGAAUUUGCGUGAUUGCCCAAAAUUAGAUACGUUUCCAGAAUUCAACGGAGAUAUGCAUUGCUUAAAGAUACUGACCAUAAAAUCAACUGGGAUAAGAGAAAUGCCUUCAUCCAUUGGGAAUCUGAGCGGCCUCAAUGAGCUCAAUCUGGAAGGUUGUGAAGAUCUCGUAAGUCUACCAAACAAUCUCUGUAAUUUGAAGAAUCUUCAAUGUCUUUUUCUUCGUGGCUGCAAAAAGCUAGAGAAGCUUCCAGAAAACAUUGGUGAAUUGCAAGAGUUAGAGACACUUGAUGCAAGAGAAACUGCAAUCUCCCAACCACCUCCGUCCAUCACCAAGCUUGGCAAACUUAGGUAUCUCAAUAUUUUGGGUGGACUUCCUGAGGAUUUAGGAUCUUUACAAUCUUUGGAAAGUUUGGAUGUUAGUGGAAGCAAUAUUUCUUGUUUACCCAAAAGCAUCAAAGAACUGUUAGGGCUUGAAACCUUAGACGUUCAAUUCUGUCAGAAUCUUAAUGAAUUGCCAGAAGAGCUACCCCCAAAUUUAAGGAAGCUAUCUGCAGAUUAUCAUUUAGCCUUGAAGAGCAUCAGAGAUCUUCUGAAUAAGUGUGUUAAGUUGCGUAGGCUCUCAAUAUCAUGGUGUGGUCAUGAAAAAACCGAAUACGGAACUGUCUCAAGGGAACAAGUUAAUGUGUGGAAGUCCUCACAACAUUUAAUUAGGACAUGCAUCCAGUGUGAUUACCACCAAAGGGAUUAUUUUCUCAUUUAUUUUCCCGAAGUGAGAAUUCUAGAGUUGUUCAAUUAUCAGUUUAUAAACCAAAUUUGGUCUCAAUUGAUCUGAACCCAUCUUGGUAUACCGAUAAAUUCAUGGGUUUUUCGAUAUGUUGUGGUCCUAAUAGCGAGUAUUGGAAUUUAGUAGCUACAUUGGUAUGCAAAUCUGAUCCUGAAAGAAAACAUUCCUUGAAGUAUCGGAUCCAAAAUUGUUGUUUCGUGGAUCCUGUCACGUGUUUCGUCUACAUACCAUUUGAAACAUUGUGGCAUGCUUCUGACAAUAAAGAAGGGAAGAACCCAAAUGAUUAUUACCUGUUUGAGAUAUCUUCAAACCUACAGGAACAGGAAGUAUGUUGGGGAAUUCACCUGGAGUAUGAGAAUAAAGAUUCUGCAAUGACAACUGAAAUUGGCUGCUCUGUGGUACUUGAGCAAGCAGACCCAUCACUCAAUUCUAGUUCGCGGGAGUACGCUAAGC